GAGCGGAGGCUCAUCGAGCAGCGCAAGGCCUUCAACGCCUCCGACAAGGACGGCUCUGGCACGAUCGACAUGGCGGAGAUGUCCGACAUCUUGAAGCAGCUGGGCAUGAAGCCGAUGGACUUUGUGAUCCAGGGGAUCUUCGACGAGGUGGACGAGGACAGAAACGGAUUCAUCGACGUCGACGAGUUUGACGAGUUCUGGAUGAUCAUCGAGUCGCGCGAGGGCUUCAGCAGGGUCGAGUACAAUCGCCUGAUGGGAGCCUUCGACUUAUUCGAUUGGGACCAUUCGGGCACGCUGGACCUGGACGAGACUGCCAAGGUGCUGCACUACCUGCACUACACGUGCAGCCACAAGGAGGCAGAGCGCAUCUUCAGGAGCGUCGACGUCAGCAAUCUAGGCCAACUCACAAAGCGCGAGUUCCUGCUCUUCAUGCGGAAGAUCCGGGAGCUCGAGGUGGCCAAGAUCACGGAGUGCCUCGACGAGGUUUUCGACUACACGAAGGAGGGCAUCUUCACGAAGCUGCUGAUGACCCUCGGCCACGUGGCGGACCGCCAGGCCGUGCUCCAGUGCGCCGAGGACGCAGGCAUCGACCUAACCGACAAGCCCGCCGCCAGUUCCAGCCCAAGCAAGAUGAGCAGGCGGCAGUCGCCCAGCCCGCGAAGGAACUCCGACGAGCGCGAGUACCGGGCCCCCGUGCGGACCAGCAUCUCGAGGCUGAAAGGGGCGAUGGUCGCUGCCGUUACCGAGGAGUGUGAGAACAGCCGGCGGAAGCGCAACAGCAUUGGCAACUGCAUGAUGACGAUGGCCGUGACCGACCCCACUCAUGGAGCACGUGGCACCGCGGCGUCUCCGGUGGUCACCAGCGGCGAGGCGUGGAAGUUCCUGGAGCUCUACCGCUGCCGCGAGGGCCUGACGCGCCAGGAGCUGCAAAUGAACAAGGAGGCAUUCGCAACGGCGCUGGGCUCCGAG